UCCUCUCUAUGUUAUUUCACCGCUCCACCGGUGCGCUCAAAAGCCAGAGCGCAGACGAAGCUGAGUGGAUGCUAGAGAGCUGACAGAAGAGGGAGCGAAAGACAGACAGAUCAGAGAGAGUUCUUUACAGUUACAUGCGGGUGCUAUAAAACUACCAAGUGAAGCGCAGCCAUCAGUGUCCGAUCAGCGCAGAGCAGAAGAAACACGGAGCGCCAGUUCGUCCCCCCGCUUCAGCACCGCAGGGAGGAGGCACGGAGAGGAGGAAAGAUUCCCCUAAACGCAGUGAGAGCGUCGGAUGAGGAGAAGAGGAGAGCGGAGGGCAUCGGUUAGGCAAGAACAAGGAUGGCAGCUCCAGACUUAUUGGACCCUAAAUCCGCCACUCACAACACCAAGCCCCGCCUCUCCUUCUCCACAAAACCAAUCACACUGACUUCCCGGGAGGAGAGUGAGGUGGUUGCUACAGUGAUGAAAUGGCAGACGGUGACAGCCAUCUUUCUUCUGGUGGUUCUAUAUCUGGUGAUGGGAGCAGCAGUCUUCAGGUCCUUGGAGCAGCCUCAUGAGAGUGCCCAGCGUUUGGCCAUUCUGUCCCAGAAGCUGGAGUUCUUGUCCAGACACCCCUGUGUUAACCAAAGCGAAUUGGAGGAGCUGGUAAAGCAAGUUGUGUCUGCGAUCCGGUCAGGAGUAAACCCUGCAGGGACACUGACCAACCCCAGCAGCCUGUGGGACCUGAGCUCUGCCUUCUUCUUUGCUGGAACUGUUAUCACAACCAUCGGUUUUGGGAACAUCUCGCCCCACACAGAAGGGGGAAGGAUCUUCUGCAUCGUAUACGCCUUGCUUGGGAUACCUCUAUUCGGCUUCCUAUUGGCUGGUGUGGGAGAUCAGCUUGGCACCAUAUUCGGCAAAGGCAUUGCCAGAGUUGAGAAAAUGUUUGUGCACUGGGACAUCAGUCAGACAAAGAUCCGCGUCAUCUCCACCCUGCUGUUUGUGUUGUUUGGCUGCCUGCUGUUUGUGGCGCUCCCAGCAGCCAUCUUUAAACACAUCGAGGGUUGGUCUGCGCUGGAGUCCCUUUACUUUGUGGUCAUCACCCUGACUACCAUAGGAUUUGGAGACUUUGUGGCAGGUGGCUCAGAAAUAGAGUACUUAGAUUACUAUAAACCAGUUGUAUGGUUCUGGAUUCUGGUGGGACUAGCCUACUUUGCUGCCAUCCUCAGCAUGAUAGGUGACUGGCUCAGAGUCAUCUCCAAGAGGACAAAAGAAGAGGUAGGAGAGAUCCGAGCUCAUGCUGCAGAGUGGACCGCUAAUGUCUCAGCAGAGUUCAAAGAAACUCGCCGACGUGUCAGCGUUGAGAUCUACGAUAAGUUCCAGCGUGCCGCCUCAAUUAAACGCAAACUGUCCUCGGAGCUGGGGUUUAGCCCCGCUCCAGAACUCACACUGCCCAAGAGGACCGUGUCGGUCAAUUUCAAUGAUGACAAGAACGAGAGGGACACGGGGCUGCAGGGCCUCAUGACACCUCUUACAAGAAACGGCGGCGUGUUCAUGAACGGUUUGGACCCAGAAAGAGGCGAUAUCUCCGUCAUCGAACACCUUAAAUAGAAAGAGGAAGGUCAACACCCUUUCAGCUCUUUCCAAAGUCUUCCCAUUUGUCAUAAUUGGUGGCAGCAGUGCUGAGAGCAGAGCUGCUUGACCAAAUGAACUGAUUUUAUUAGCAAAUCGAGUAGAAAUGACAAUGAGAAGAAGAAGAAAUGUAAAAACAUUUCAGUGGAUUGACAGUGGGACACUUCCCCACUCUCUUCUCUCUGGUGAAACAAAGAGCAAGAAGAAGAAGAACAUACAGAGCUGAUCUUAUUGAAAAUUGCAUUCAUGGGUGUCAACUAAGUCUCACCUUGGAAGAAGGCAAACUUGCUCAUUGAUGAUUAUUUGGGUUUAUUUGGGAUUAUUUGGAUAAUAUCAACAAGUUAACCCUUGCUAAAGGACAAAAAAGUUUUUAAAAACAGUAUAAAAGACCUUAUAUCUGACAGUUAAAAGAAUGUCCAUGAUGCCUGUCUGUGUUUGCAGCACCCGUAUAUUUUACAUUUUAACAAGUUAGUAUACACUUUUAGUAAGCAGCUUUAAAACAUAUGAACAUUUUUUAUUUUGUGGGUUUUAUUUUGUAGUCUUUGACAUUUUCUUUCUUUACUGGACAGUUGGUAGUAUAGUGGGAGGCAGGAAAAAGAAAAAUGAUGUUAUAUAUAUGGUUGAAUGUGAUGGUAUCAGAACUGAUGAUAUCUGAGCCAUAAAUAUGGUGGAUUCUGAUAGGGAGAGGCAGCUCUUGUGAUAAAUGACUGCAGAAUGUAAAGAUGUUGAGGUGGUCUGAUAUGGUGGUUCUUGAACUACACUUGAGAUGUGGCAAUGUGUUAUAUGAGC